AUGGAGUUGCUCCCCAAUAACUUUGACGAGUUCCGCUCGGUGGGCUACUGGGACAGGUUCUUCAAGGAGCGGCGGGAGCUGCCGUUCGAGUGGUAUGGAGAAUGGGGCGAGCUCAAGAACGUGGCAAUGCCAUUCUGCACGGGAAAGAAGAUCCUCAUGGCCGGCUGCGGCAAUUCAGAGCUGUCCAGCCAAAUGUAUGAUGAUGGAAUUCAUAACAUCACCAACAUAGACUUUUCCAAGGUGGUUAUCCGUGAAAUGCUAUCGAAAAACGUGCGGAGCAGGCCACAAAUGAAAUGGAUGGUGAUGGACAUGACCAAAAUGCGGUUUGAAGAUGGGGCUUUUGAUGUGCUCGUGGACAAGGGUGGUUUGGAUGCCCUAAUGGGUGAGGAUAACAGUGCAGCAGUGUCGGCUGGGGCUGCAUAUACUUCUGAGGUGUCAAGAGUGUUGGACAAAGGGACUGGCACCUACAUAUGCAUAACUCUGGGACAGCGACAUGUUUUGAGGACGCUGUUUGGUCAUUUCACAAGCAACUGGCAACUUUCAUUGCAUCAGAUACCUCCUCCAGCAGACAUGGCCAACUCUCGUCUCCAACCCUUUGUCGUGAUCUGCAGAAGAGGUGGAGGUGACCAAAAUGAUGAGAUGCCACUCAUUGAACUGGCGUUUGAGAGGGCCCAAGCCGUACUGGGCCAGAAUGCGGAGCAAGUGGCUGGAGUUUUCAAGAUGGUAGAUGAUGAUAACUCUGCCCGGCAGCAAGGCACAUCGUUGGCAGCAGGUCAGGGCUUUGACAUCCUCCAUCCUGGCCGUCGAGUUGUACUGUCUUUGCCACAAGGAAAGGGCACGGAUGGGAGCAGCCACCCCAUGUUUCUUGCUUCCGUUCUGGACAGUACACAAAACACAGGAGGGGAAGCCAUGGAAUGUGCUGUCUUCAUUGUGCCUCAAGGCAAGGAGAGUGAAUGGUUGUAUUCCACCCCAGAAGGCCAGUGGGAGGUGAGCUCGCAGUGCAACGCACAGCGUCUGGUGCUGGUGGCCCUUGCUGGUGGUUGCCAGGCAGCAGAUAUGCAUGCUCUGCAGGCCACACUGUCACCAAUGGUUCUUGACCUAGCACCCACAUCGGUGCGGUUCCAGCCCAAGAAGAUACCUUACAUGACGGCAGUCGAGGGUAUUGGCAGGAAGGCAGUGAGAGACAAGGUGGAAUCGAAGUUGUCAGGUCGUAUCAUUGUUGAAGAUGUGGAGUUGGACGACGGUCGCUAUUUGAGACGGCUGGUGUUCGUCUCAAACAGUUCCGUGAUCCAAUCAGAGGUCAUCUUGAGCCUAAAGGCACCUGACAAUGCCAACACAUCAAGCAGACCGCAGAGAAAGAAAGGAUUGCACACUCUGCCGCCCACGUCAGCGCUGAGCGUCGAUCACAGCCACUUGCCCAUGAACUACCACCAGGCCAUUGUUGCUUGCCUGGGGCUUACCGGCAGGGCGCUUUUCAAAGAUCGGCACAGGCAGGGUGGUGUUUCAGGGUUGCCUCAAGCUUUGGUCGUGGGUUUAGGUGGUGGUGGACUGCCCAUGUUUCUUGGGCGCCACUUCAAUUUGGAUGUUGAAGUUGUUGAGUUGGAUCCAGUUGUUGUGGACGUUGCACAGAAAUGGUUUGGAUUUGAGAAUAGCAACCACAUGCGAGCAACCGUGGGAGACGGCAUUCAGGCAGUGAAACAGCGAAGCACGUUGGUGCAGGAACAGGGUCCCCAUUAUGCUGUCGAUCUGCUUGUCCUUGAUGCGGGAUCGCUGGACGUAUCAGCAGGAAUAUCGGCGCCACCGCUGGCCUUCCUUGAGGAGGAUUUUCUCCGAGCUGUGAAAGAUGUUUUGAGCGAUGAUGGGAUUCUAGUCGUGAAUUGUGUUGCUCGCUCAUCAGAACGCCGUGCAGAUGUGGCAAAGGCGAUCCAGGGGGUCUUUCCCGAACUACUGGAGAUUGACGUUGAGGAUGACGUGAACCACGUUCUGUGCGCUGGUCGCCCUACCUGCGAGCUAUUGCCAGAUGGCGGCAUGCGCAUGCAGGAGUCACGAAUAGCGGAAAUUGGCCAGAAUCUGAAAGGUGCUGCGAGAUGCCCCUGGGGAACGGAUAUUGACACAGAAUCCCUCCUGAGAAGUCUUCAACGCAUCUCAUUUUCAUGA